UAGAAUUCUGAACAUCAGCGCUACUCUCUCUCUCUCUUUCUCUCUCCUCGCAUAUUUAAGUCAACUUCCCAUCACUUUAAUUUAUUUCAUAUUGUUUUCUUUCACGGCGAAGAGAACAAAAUCUGACAGUUGUAGUGCAAACAGUUGGUAGAAGAUAAUCCAUCCAAUCAUAUUUUUCAAUCCUUCCACUCAGUUCUUCCUUUUUGUCUGCCUCGUGUUUUAUAAAGCUUCACUUGUUUAUUUGGCGGAGCUUAGAGUUGUCUUCUUAGUUCGGUCGGUUGGUUGGUCGACCGCCGCCGUCCUUGUUGAUAUUCGGUAGACUAAAUAACUACAACUGGGGCGACUAUAACAAACAAACAAACAAAACGAAAGUGAAGAGGGGAGAAGUCCAGGUCCUGUUCAGUCAAACAUUUGACCAUACCAACUUCAACAUCGCAGAGAUGUCGUAUCGCCACCGUGUUUUGGUGGUCGUCUGCCUGCUGUUUCUGUUGGAUUACCUUUCGGAGGCUCAUAAUAGUUCGUACUUGCUUACCUUGCCUGCCGAGUUACAUGGUGGAACAACUGAAAAAUUUUGUUUAUCAACAUUUGGUAUUAGAGAAGAUGUAAAUAUUAUAUUUGUUGUACACAAUGAAGAUAAUACUUGGAAUUUUAACAAACGAGAUACUUAUGUUAAAGGAGAAUGUCGCUGCACAAAUAUUGAAGUCCCUGAGGUUUAUGUUGAGGGAUAUUACAUCAUGACUGUUUGGGGUUUUAAAGAAGAUCAGUCUUUAAUAUUUUCCAAAACCAUUGAUGAUUUGAAGAUUGUUAACAAAAACACACUAACAUUUAUACAGACUGAUAAAUACAUGUAUAUUCCUGGUCAAACAGUAAAAUUCCGGAUUGUCACAACCAAUAUCAACUUGAUGAGUAAACCAGGAUUGAUAUCUGAAGUAGCUGUUUUAAAUCCCAAUGGUAUCAAGAUGAAGAAAUGGGCAGAUAUUUUUAACCAGAAAGGACUGCUCAGUUUCAAAUUCCAAAUUGCCCCACAGCCUGUUCUGGGUAAAUGGAAAAUAAAAGUUAUUGAUGGUUCUAAGUUCACUGAUUUUGAAUUUGAAGUCCAAAAAUAUGUUUUGCCAAAAUUUGAAGUAUCCAUUGAAGGCCCCUCAUAUCUUUUGGUGAACACAAAAAAAUUUGAUGUCAAAGUUUGUUCACACUAUUCUCAAGGGAAAGAAAUACAGGGACAAAUGGAAAGUAAGAUCUGCAUCCGUACAACUGAUGAAAAGGAUGAAAGACCCUGUGCAACUUACCAUGCUGAGAUAUGUGGCUGCAAUAAUUUUUCUGUCAAUACAUCAGAGGUUGGUUUAUCUUUGAACAAGUAUUCUUUGAAAGAUGCCUUCCUUGAAAUCACAGCUUCAGUUACUGAUGUAGAAACAAAAAUGGUUGUCAACUCAACAGUUUAUGGACCAGAGAUAAAGAAUGAAUAUGUAAAAAUUGACCUACAGUUUUCUCAAGGAUAUUUCAAGCCUGGUUUCCCUUACUAUGGGAAGGUUUUAGUUUCCAAACCUGACAAUAGUAUUGCUGCAGGGGAAGUUAUAGAAGUCACAGCUGUUGACUAUGUCAAUGACAUUGAACUUUCUGGUAUUUUCACUUCCAAUGAGAAAGGAGAAAUAUAUUUUACUAUUGACCACUUUGAUAAAUAUACUGAAGAAUUUGUACUUCAGGCUCGAUCCAUUAAUGGGACUUUUGUCAAUGAAGAUAGCCAUCACUAUAUGUACACACCAAUUGAUACAUUCACUGUUAAACAGUGGUUUUCAAGAACGGGUAAAUACCUUCAGAUUAAACCAUUAGAAAAAAAUCUCCGGUGCAAUUCAAAGCUGAAUCUUGAUAUUUUAUACACAGCUACACUCAGAGAAAGAAUUAACCUUUAUUAUUUGGUUAUGUCAAAAAGUCAAAUAGUUGCCAAUGGUCAGAUAGCUUUUCGUGCUGAUCACCGUUAUGUUUAUAGAAAAGAAAAUUUUAACAAUUCCCUUAAAAUUACUGCUGAUCCAGAUGAUGAAGUUUUAUCUAUGAUGCCAUAUUCUAACCAAACUCAGUCUUCACCUGGGUACCAAAAAGACGCAAAACACAAGCACAUAAAUUACAAAAGCAAAAAGCAUGCUAAAAGGGAAAAUAAUCGAAGAUCUGAUUCAGCACCCUUUAUGGCUAAUUUUGAAUUUGAUAUCGACCUCAUCCCUGAGAUGUCUCCACUCAGUUAUGUUUUGGUCUACUUGGUUGACGAUAAUGGAGAAUUAGUUGAUGAUUACCAAGAGUUUUCAGUUAACUCCUGUUUCAAAAAUGAAGUAGAAUUUGAGAUUCCAAAAGGACCACUCUACCCAAAUGAUUAUAUUACAUUUAAUCUGAAAACUACUGGGAAUUCAGUAUGUGCUAUAAACUUGGCAGACCGAAGUACCUUUUCUGGAUGGGAUAACUGGGUUACAGAACAACAGGUUUUCAAUAAAUUAAAAGAGCAUCAUUUUCAAUUGAGCAGGUUUUAUUCUGCUGAAGAUAAAUAUUGCCAGAAGGUUCUGCUGGAAACACAACAUGGAAUUGAAAUGAAUGAGCACAGAAAGAAACGGGUUGCUUCUGUAUAUUCAUCAAGAUAUGUUGACGCAAUGUUUGCUUUUAAGAGUUCUGGACUAACACUUAUCUCUGAUAUUAACCUGGAAACCCGACCAUGCACUUGGCUACAAGCCCCAGUUGAUCUUCCGAGUAAAGAAGCAACUGAUGUGUUGUGGGAGCAGUUUUAUAAUGUUCCUGAAACAACGACAACUGAUACAAGUGUUGCAGAAGACGCUUUCAUGCCAGAAGAAAGAUUUGGAAUAUUAGAUUACUUUUCAGAAACAUGGUUAUGGAAAGAUCUAGAAACUAGAAAAAAUGAAAAAUUACUGCUGAAAACCAAAGUACCAAGCCCAGCAACAGAAUGGAUUGGGAAUGUGUUCUGUUCCAGUGAAACUGAUGGCCUUGGCUUGUUAGCUUUGCCUACCAUUUCUGUCUUUCAACCAUUUUCCAUUUCUUAUAUAAUGCCAUACACUGGCAUUGCUGGGGAAAAGAUUCCUAUAAGCAUAACUAUACAAUCGAAUAUCAAGAAAUGCCUUACUAUAGGGUUACGAGUGAAGGUGUCAAGUAACUCAGAAAAGACACCAAAAGAAAUCAAAGGGCCAGUGUCUUGUCUCUGUAAAGAAGAAUAUAUUACUACCAACAUUUACUUAAAUGACCUCCCCAUUGGUGUAAUUAAUGUUACAGUACAGGGUAAAUCUAUUUUGCCUAAUAAUAGAAGAUGUAGUAAAAAGACUGUUGAUUCUCGUUAUAUUGGAAUGAUUGAUUCCAGCUCUGCUUUCAUCAAUAUGAGGCCAAAAGGUUUCUUACAAGAAAUUACUCACUCCGAAUACGUCUGUCCUUCAGAGGAUCAUGGUGGAAAUUAUGUUAAUAUCCUUUCAACUGAACUACCAAAAGAUACAGUCCCUGGAAGUGUGAAAGCAGAAAUCAACAUGUUUGGUAAUAUGUUAUGGCCUGGGUUAUCAUCUCUAGAAAAUAUAGUGAAUGAUCCUAUCACAAAUGGAGAAGGAAACAUCCUGAGCUUGGCUGCUACCAUUUUCGUCAUGGAUUUCUUGAAUGCUGUUGGAAAAGUUUCUUAUGAAAUUGAAAUGAAAGCAAUAGAAAUAAUGGAAAAAUGUUAUCAACAACAAAUGAAUUACAUUCAUAAAGACGGUUCUUUUAGUAUAUUUGGCUCACAAGACAGAGAUGGUAGUGAACUCUUAACUGCAUUUGUCCUCAGAAUUCUCGUGAAAGCUCGAUCAUACAUUUAUGUUGAUGAGGUGCAACUUCAGAAAUCCAUAUCCUGGCUAAGAGAUCAACAGCUCGAAAAUGGUUGCUUUUAUGAUAAACUGAAUUAUUCAUUGACAUUUGGACUUUAUGAAGAUAGGAAAAAUAUGGAAAGAAUUAGUACUGCAUUUGUGAUUAUGGCAUUACUAGAAUUUGGCACACCACAGCAUGACCUGAUCAUUGAUAAAGGGCUUAACUGUCUCCGAUCCCAUGAUUAUGAAGACAUAUACAUGUUAUCACUCUAUGCCUAUGUCUUUACUCUGUAUGGCCAUGCUGAAGCUGAUAAGGAAAAAUAUCAGAAUGUCCUUGAGAGAAGAUCAAAGGUUUUAGGGGAAGAAACAUUUUGGUUGAAUUCAGAAGACUCCAAUUCUAUAACAUCUAUGGACAUUGAAGCAACAUCUUAUGCUUUGCUCUCUCUUUUGGGAACGGAAGCCACCAGCAAAUGGCAAGAUUUGAGACCAGUUAUCAGGUGGCUUACCAAACAACGGAAACCUAUGGGAGGAUUUAUGGCUGCAAAGGAUUCAGUUAUAGCAUUUCAAGCCAUUUCCCAGUAUGCACUGAUGUGGUCAGAGCGACAGGAACCAGCAGAUAUAACCAUUUAUAUUGACAAUGAAUAUGACCCAACAGAGACCUUUCAACUCACUAACCAAAACCAGUUUGAAUUGUUCACUUAUUCAAAGCCAUUUAAGAACAAGAUUCGGAUUGAUGCUGAAGGCAGAGGUUGUGGUAUCAUUCAGACUUCCUUGACAUACAAUGUUCUUAAUCUAAAACAAGAACAGAGCUUCCAUUUGCGUGUAUCAGUGGAAAAUACUUACAAUAACUGUGCUGAAAGGAAGCUGAAAAUCUGCAGUCGUUACACAGGGAGGAGUGAAAAGACAAAUAUUGUUAUAAUGGAAGUGAAAAUGCUAACAGGUUGGAUCCCACAGCAAAUUGUUGAUCCAAAACAUACAGAAAAAGUCGGUGUUAAAAAGUAUGAAAUGACAGAAGACUAUGUAUAUUUAUAUUUUGAUGAGAUGAAUAAAACUGCAAAAUGUAUUGAAAUCGAGAUUGAACAAGUGUUGGCAUUGAGCAGUCUUCCAGCAGGAGUGGUUGUCUAUGAUUAUUAUGAUAGAGAUGUGAUUGGUCAUACGUUGUAUGGAGUGAAAACAACAUGUGGAACUAAAGAAGAACUACCAGUAGUUUCUCAAGAAGAAUAUGAAAAUUCUAUGACACAACAAAGACAGCCUAUUGCACUACCUCCUGCACUACAAAAGUUGUUGAAGCUAAAGUCUAAAAACGUAAACCAUAUGAAUGCUGCAGCAGAAACAGCCAGCUCUAUCACAGAAAAUCAACAGAGUGAAUCAGCUAUUGUACCAAAUGACACCCAAACCAUUAACACAGCUAAUAGUACCUUCAACGCAACUUCUCCACGUAGAAAAACUGUUGCUGAAAUAAGUAUCACAUUGAAAACAACCAGUGUCAGUUUUCUCACAGAGUAUGCCGAGCCAAUACCAGUAACUACAGCGUCCAGCACAAAUGUAAGUGCUGAAACAAGCAAAGAACCUAUUGUGGUCAAUUUAUCAAAAAAUCAUAAAAAAAAGAAUUGUCCAGUAUGCUGGGAUAAUGUACCAAAAGAUUAUCACAAGUUAUUCUGCAAUGCAGUAGAAGUUUAUAAAAUAUCUUCUGGAAAGAACAAAGAACAUUUAAUACGAGUGAUGGCAGAUCUUCGGCCACUGAAGAAAUUACAAAUUAAAAAAUUUGUUGUCCCCAAAAUGGACAAAUCUUGUGAAUGUGCCUGUAUAAAGGAAAGAGGACGUCGAGUCUUAAUGCGAAUGAAAGCUGGGCCAAAAUUCAAAGAAAUGGGUCCCGUUCGUCUUGACAAACAUGUUGUUAUAUUUCCACUUAAAUCUGUUGUAGAACGACACAUGCGUAGACUGGCAAAGUCUUGCAAGAGAUGAUGGAAAUUUAGUCUCUCAUUCUCUUCAUUCCUUCUUACACAAUUAUGUGAAAACUAUAUAAAAAAAUUAUAAGCAAAAGAAACAAAAAUCCAAUCCCUCACCACCACUGCCUCAAUUGAUUACAAUGAUAUAAGGAAAAAACGAGGGGAAGGUAAGAAGUCGUUAAGCUUUAUCGACUUAGGAAUAACCAAAUGUUUAUUACUCCUGAUAAACUACAGAAUUACUAUUAGUAGGUAGGGGAGAUAAUCCCUGUUUACAGGCAAGGUUUGACUAUCAACGAUGUUUGAACACAAAAUAUUAAUGUCAAAAUCAUUGAGAGAUCUGGAGAGUCUCUGGUGCUGCAACCAGCUUAACUCGUGUAACUUACUGAUCAGGUCAAUUGAAUUUUGUAAUCACCUUAAAAUAAUUGAUAACUAAACAGGCUAAUAAUAUUUUAAUUGUGGAUGUAAUUUUUUUCUUUAAAGUUUGAAAUAGCAAACUAAAAAACUGAGAUCAAAAUUCGUUUCAUAUUAAAAUAAUAUUUGAAUUUUUAUGUAAAACUAUUUCAAAAAAUGUUAAUUAUUUAGUUUGUUUUAUACUCUUCUGCUAAUUUGUUUUUCUCAAUUUGAAAGUCCAAGCCAAAGAAAAAAAAAAAAAAGAAACAUUACCCCUUCCAAUUAAGUAUUUGUGAACUGGACAGUUAUUCUCCCUCUAUUAUACCCAGUAUAUCUUUUACUCCCUUUCUUUAAAUAGACAUUUGUUUCAUAUAUUCUAUUAGGAUUGGAUUUUGAUUUUUAAAAAUAUCUGCAUCUUUUUUUUUUUUCUGUUGCACUGUCACAUGACUCACUACUAAUUAAGUAACUAUUACACACUAAAAAUAAUCAUCAACAGCUCCAUUAAUAGGAAACUAAACCUGAUGGUUAGUUUGUAAAAAUAAUUAAAAAAAACCUAAAUAAAGUAUUUGUACUCCUUGA